GACACUUCACUCGUGUCAGAUCUCUCUCUCUCUCUCUCUCUCUCUCUUUCUCUCUUUUGGAUUUCAUUUCCAAAAUGAAAAUUUAAAAUACCAAAUUAUUCACAAUAAAAAUUUAAAACAAAAACAAAAAAACAGGGCAGAAAUGUCGGAGCCAAAAGAUCCGGCGAUCAAGCUCUUUGGCAAGACGAUUCCUCUACCGGACCCUUCUCCGGCCACUCCUCACCUUCCUUCUUCUUUGCCUAUUCUCUCACCCCCUCACCAUACCACUCCCCUUCCUAAUCAUGACCACGAUUCUUCUUCUUCAACCUUCGAUGUCGAUGCUGAAGAUCUGGAACUCGAUAAGGAUGCUGUGAGCGAGAAAUCAGUUGGGGCUAAGCUGGAAAAUGGAGAUGGAGGGUUGUCUGUCUCGACUGAAGAGUUCACGAAUUCAGAUACUUCUGUAGUGAGAUCAGAAAAUUCUAAAGUACUUUCUGGCGACGAAAGUAAUCCAUCUACUACUACAAAGACUGAUGAACAGAACGAAACAAGUAAUUCGCAAGAGAAGACUCUCAAGAAACCCGACAAGAUACUUCCAUGCCCUCGCUGUAAUAGUAUGGAUACCAAGUUCUGUUACUAUAAUAAUUACAAUGUUAAUCAACCGCGCCACUUCUGUAAGAACUGUCAAAGGUAUUGGACUGCUGGAGGGACAAUGAGGAACGUUCCUGUUGGUGCAGGACGUCGGAAGAACAAAAGCUCCGCUUCUCACCAUCGUCAGAUUAUUGUUUCGGAAGCCCUUCAGCAUGCUCGAACCGAUGUUCCCAAUGGUAUCCAUCAUUCUACCCUCAAACCUAAUGCAAAUGUAUUGGCAUUUGGUUCAGAUGCCCCUCUUUGUGAAUCAAUGGCUUCCAUUUUAAACAUUGCUGAUCAAACAAGGCAGAAUAGUACUAGAAAUGGCUUUCAAAAACCUGAAGCUCCGAAAAUUCCUGUGGCUUAUGAGAAUGGUGAAAACGAUGAUCAAUCUCCGGAAUCUGCUCCAACUCCAUCAUUUAUUAAUAAUGAAGAAGGCAAAACUGGGCCACAAGAUCAAGUUAUUCAUAAUUGUCAAGGCUUUUUACCUCCUCACGUUCCAUUCUUUCCUGGGACUCCUUGGCCUUACCCAUGGAAUUCACCACAAUGGAGCUCUCCUGUUCCGCCUCCUACUUUCUAUCCACCUGGCAUUCCUAUGCCGUUCUAUCCGACCGCCCCAUUUUGGGGUUGUACGGUUCCUGGCGCCUGGCCCAUUCCAUGGGUUUCCCAGCCGCCAUCUCUAAGCCCUGUUCCCCAAAAUCACGCUCCCAACUCGCCAACGUUGGGGAAACAUUCAAGAGAUGAGAAUGUGACCAGGCAAAGUGAUCUUGGGGAAGACGAGCAGCAGAAAGAUACCAAAACUGAGAAAUGUCUUUGGAUACCUAAAACAUUGAGGAUCGAUGACCCUGGCGAAGCAGCUAAAAGCUCCAUAUGGGCAACUCUAGGAAUCAAGAAUGACAAGACUGAUUCAGUUAGUGAAGGGCUCUUCAAGGUUUUUCAGUCAAAGAAGAUUGACGAAAAGAAUCACAAAACGGAAGCCUCUCCAGUCUUGCAAGUUAAUCCAGCUGCAUUGUCCAGAUCAAUCAAAUUUCACGAAAGCUCGUAAAAGGAUACAACAAUGCUUUUCCCCAAAUGUGCCAUCAAAGUUUUCACUGCACUCCAUCUGGAUAGUACAAACUUUAAACAAACUUACAUCUGCCACAAGUUGAUCCUUCUGUUUCAAAUCUGUAUAAAACCAUUAGAUCCAUCCAAGGAAAAGAACAGUAGAUCCCACAGCAGUUACCUUCUAGAAGAAAAGCCCUCGAGUUUCGGUAGCAGGAGGACGAAAAUGACUUUGAUUUUUAUUGUGUACUUGUAGUGUUGAAGAAGUAGAUGGCAUUUUGUUUGUAGUUUGAAGUUUUGUCUUUCUUCUGAAUCAUGAUGUACAUAUACAUAUAUAUAUAUAUAUAUAAAUGUAUGGGAUCCAGGAAGAGAGAGCUAGUACAGGAAUGAGUGAGGUGUAGUAGCAGUACCAAUAAUAACUAAAAAUGUGUACUUAAAUAAAGUUUUAGAAAUAAAAAAAAAAAAAGAAAAUUGAUUUUA